GAACUUCAUUUCAAAGCAGUAACAAAAAUCCAUUCAUAAUCAACACCAUGUUCUUAAAGGUAGUUUGUGUGCUAUCUGUAGCUGUCGCGGUAGUGUCUGCCCACGGACACUCGUCCCAGUUUGUCCACAAAUACGACGGACACCAUGAGACUGUAUAUCAUGGACAUGGUCAUCAUGACUACUACACUCACCCUAAGUUCGAGUUCGGCUACAAAGUAGACGACGACCACACGGGCGACCACAAGUCGCAGCACGAGCACCGCGACGGUGACGUCGUCAAGGGCCACUACUCGCUGCACGAGCCUGACGGCUCCGUCAGGGACGUGCACUACUACGGUGAUCAUCACAGCGGCUUCCACGCAGACGUGAAACACAGCACUCACCACAUCGUGCCUCAUCAUCAUCAUUACUAACUGGAAAUUUAGCCGGUCGUCU